AUGUCCGCGGCAAAUAGAGGCCCCAGUACCGCUGGUAGGCGGAAACGGGCUAGAGAUGACGAAGAUGAGAUCAUGUCGUCCUCGCCAGCAGCGCUUCCUUCUUCGCCCCCUUUACUGCCCACCAACGAAAAUGAUGACAUCGACGACGAAGAUUUGGACCCCGAUGAUGAUCUUAUCGGAGAUAUCGAUGACGCCGACGAGCUGGCCGAAGAAGAAGAUGGCAUCGACCUCUUUGGAGACACUUUCAUGGACGACGAGCGCGAACGACCUGACCAAGAAACCUAUCAGGGGCGGAUGAUCGACGACGAAGGCGAUUACGAUGAGCUUGACCUAGCUUCUCGUCGGCAACUCGAUGCCCGUCUCAACAAGCGUGACCGCGAGCUGGCCCGCAGACGGCGUAUGCCCGCCGCGUUCAUGCCAGAUGAUGAUGAUGAUGCUGGUAUUGACUUGACCCGACAGCCCCGCAGGCGCCGACAUCAUUACGAUGAAGACCAAGAAGAUAUGGAAAUGGAUGAAAACAUCAUGGAGGAAGAGCUUUCUCUAGAGACACUGCAGGAUGUCAAAGCAUCAAACAUCACCGAAUGGGUCACUCUGCCUUCAGUCAUGAAGACCAUUGCACGCGAGUUCAAGUCCUUCCUGACAGAAUACAUCGAUGCCAAUGGCACGUCCGUCUAUGGUACGCGGAUCCGCACUCUCGGUGAGGUCAACUCAGAAUCGCUGGAGGUGUCAUACGACCAUUUGUCUUCGACGAAAGCAAUUCUGGCAUACUUCCUGGCGAAUGCUCCUGCAGAGAUGCUCAAGAUCUUUGACAAGGCGGCAUUUGAGGUGGUUCGACUGCAUUAUCCGAACUACGAACUCAUCCAUCCGGAAAUUCAUGUGCGCAUCUCCGACUUGCCGGUCAAGUACACUUUGCGCCAACUACGACAGUCGCAUCUCAAUUGUCUGGUCAGAGUAUCCGGCGUCGUCACCAGGCGGACCGGUGUCUUCCCUCAACUCCAGAUGGUCAAGUUUACUUGCAACAAAUGCGGUGUCACACUGGGACCGUUCGCCCAAGAAUCGACGUCGUCAGAAGUCAAAUUGACGUUCUGCCCCGAAUGCCAGUCCCGCGGACCGUUUACGAUCAACAGCGAAAAGACGGUGUACCGAAACUACCAGAAACUGACGCUCCAGGAAUCUCCUGGGACUGUUCCGGCCGGCCGACUCCCUAGGCAUCGUGAAGUCAUCCUCCUGGCUGAUCUGAUCGACAAAGCCAAGCCAGGAGAAGAGAUCGAAGUGACGGGUAUCUAUCGCAACAACUACAGUGGUCAGCUCAACAAUAAGAAUGGGUUCCCUGUUUUUGCCACGAUGCUCGAGGCGAACCACAUUAUCAAGACUCACGAUCAACUUGCUGGCUUCAGGCUGAGCGAGGAAGACGAGCGACAAAUCCGAGCUCUAUCGAAGGAUCCCAACAUCGUGGAGAAGAUUGUCGACUCGAUCGCUCCCUCGAUUUACGGUCAUCGAGACAUCAAAACGGCAGUCGCCUUGUCGCUGUUUGGAGGUGUCAGCAAGGAAGCACAAGGCAAGCACAAGAUCCGUGGUGAUAUCAACGUGCUUCUGCUUGGUGAUCCGGGGACGGCCAAAUCUCAGGUGCUGAAGUAUAUUGAGAAGACUGCCCAUCGAGCCGUCUUCGCCACCGGCCAGGGUGCGUCUGCUGUCGGGUUGACCGCAUCAGUGCGCCGAGAUCCUCUCACACAAGAAUGGACGCUCGAGGGCGGGGCUCUGGUCCUUGCAGACCGAGGCACCUGUCUUAUCGAUGAGUUCGACAAGAUGAACGACCAGGACCGGACUUCGAUCCACGAAGCAAUGGAACAACAAACCAUUUCAAUCAGUAAAGCUGGUAUUGUCACCACCCUCCAGGCACGAUGUGCAAUCAUUGCCGCCGCAAAUCCCAUUGGUGGACGGUACAAUGGCACGAUCCCGUUCAGCCAGAACGUGGAGCUCACCGAGCCCAUCUUGUCACGAUUUGAUAUCCUCUGCGUUGUUCGAGACACGGUUGAUCCUAGCGAAGACGAGCGUUUGGCCAAGUUUGUGGUCAACAGCCACGGACGAGCACACCCUGCUAGACUCGCUGUUGACGCCGGCGAUGUAGCAGCUAUGGAUACCGAAGAAACCGACGCGGUCAAUAAUGGUGAACCGCAGCAAGAAGGAGCCAUUCCACAAGAGUUGCUGCGAAAGUACAUUCUGUACGCGCGGGAGAAGUGCAGACCGAAGCUCUACCAGAUCGACCAGGACAAGGUCGCCAGAUUGUUCGCCGACAUGCGAAGAGAGUCUCUGGCUACUGGAGCAUACCCGAUCACUGUCCGUCAUUUGGAGGCAAUCAUGCGAAUUGCUGAGGCGUUCUGCAAGAUGCGGUUGUCCGACUACUGCACCUCACAGGAUAUCGACCGGGCCAUUGCCGUCACAGUCGAUUCUUUUGUGGGUAGCCAGAAGAUCAGUUGUAAGAAGGCACUUGCCAGAGCGUUCGCGAAGUAUGUUCGAGCUUCUUUGACACUGCAUUGGCCGUUACUAACACUUGACCCCAGAUACACAUUGAAGCGACCAGAACGUCAGCGGACUCGGGUGGUUGCUAGGGGCGCCACCGCAGUGUCGGCGUAA